AUAAAGGAUAAAUACAUAAAUUUAAUAAAAAAGUAAGUUCGGCUCUAUAUUAUUUUUGCAGCAAGAUUUUGGGCCUAAAAAAGAUAAACUUUCGGUUUAAGUCGUAAAUGUAAUCAAACUAACUAUUGAAUAUUCACAUUUGGAAACUAAAUUCCCACACACAUAACUAUACAAUAAAGUACAAGAUUCAUGACGAAAUAAAAUGACAGGUAUUACACCUGUCAUUUUAUUUCAAAUAUAAAUAAAACGAGAUUCUAUUAACUAAUCAAAUAUGUAAAUUCAAAAUCCGCGGCUGCACAGCUAACUAUCAUAACAUUGGCCACCUUGAGUCCCGGGAAAUCUUGUAACCUUUCCAUGCGCCCCUGAUUUCGGACCGUAAGGGCCCAUCUGGUGACGUAUUGCAAACUUCACGUGAGAUGAAAUAUACUGUUUAACCGGCACCUGCUAUCCGGCAAUCGGGACGGGUGAGGGCUGUCUCGCGUCCUUGGCAGAAAAUCAAUACUUUAGCCACAGAUAGGGGUGCGUUUUCACCCUUUAGUAAGCGCUUCUGCCGUGUAGUUUACAAGUGUAAUUAUUCAUUCAACACUAUUUGCAUAAAAAUAUACGUAAUGAGUGUGAAUUUGUAAAGUUUUGCUCUAAAUUCGCGUUUUAAAAUUAUAAGCGUAGGUAAAUUUUUUUUCGGUUGCGCGCAGUGCUGCCAACUAUCCUUUGUCAAUGAUGAUAAGGCAAUAUGGACAUCGAGAUUGAGUGAUUGCUGUAACAAGGACAAAACAAAGUGAUAUUGAAAUUGCCCUUCUUGCCACCAGUGUUAUUAAAAACAAUUAGAUAAACAUUAUGGGCUCGUUUUGAGUGAAUCGGAUGGACUGAAACCGGAUUGCAAAGAGCAGUUGUGUUUGUUGAUCUGACGCCGGACUUAUCGACGCGUGCGUACCAGUGUUUCCCCGUGAACGUUGUGACGUAUAUAGGGCAAACGUUGCCUUUGUGCGCAGCUCAGCAACGACAAUCCAGUACCGCGACCGCAGCCUACCGCUGAGGUCCUGCUGACCGCGGCGGGUCACUGCUCACCACCAAAAAGCCAAUUUCACCCUGAACCAGCAUCUCCAAGAGAAACAGAGGCCUGGAAAACACCGCAAGUAUUUAAUCCAUUUGGAUGUCGCGCACAAUGUCAGCGCCGAUGGAUAUGCCCGCGCCGCUGGUCUGCUUUGGAAACUCCUGCCCCCUCAUACGCAGUCCGGGUCCUGGAGCUUUUCCACACGCUCCGCCUACCUUUGUAUUUAUUACCCAGAAUGAAACACCCAUGUUCCCUCCUAUGUUCCCCCCUUGUGUGCCUUUCUAUCCGAGGCCCCCUUUCAUGCCACGGCCCCGCUUCGUUGCGCCAUACGUACCUCUUGAACCCUUAACCAUUACUCCCUUGGACGACGGUUCUCCUUCCACCGUCAUUUCCGAAAAUGGAUCCCAAUCUGAAGAGGAUCACCAAGAGAAUGAGCCCAUGAUUAGUAACGAAUGCAAGGCUCUGGCCCUGCCUGCUCUGACUGACAUGUCGGCUAGCUUCAGCAACUGUCCAGCCCGUUUCCCUGGGAUAGGCGACAUUCGACCAUUCAUUACCGCCAUCCUCAAUUUCAAAGAAUGUACCGGAAUGGCAGAUGAAGUGGCACUUCGUGGGCUCCCGUUGCUCCUGACUGAUGUUGCUGCUAUGCGUUGGCAAGCUGAGAAACACACGGUAUCCUCUUGGAGCGAAGCCGUUGCUUUACUGCGCAAUACCUACAAGGUUCGCCCAUCGCCUUACAAAGUGUACCGUCACCUGUUUGGAACACACCAAAAGGAAGAUCAAUCGACCGAGGUGUUCGUGAAGAAAGCUAGGGCACUGUUGAGCCAGCUCCCACCUUUUACUCUGACAGAGGAUACUCAACUGGAUUUAGUAUAUGGCUUACUGAACCGCCAUAUAAGGGAGAAAGUGGACCGCAAUGAUUGUAACAGCUUUGCCGACCUGCUAAGGCUGGCUAAUAUCGCGGAAAUGUCUAUCGAGCAAGCUCAGCGCCCUGAUGCACCCGAGUCUGCUGCUGAAGCAAUGCCCGAUGGUGAUGUUGGUGACAAUUCUAAAGACCCUUGCCAGAAUUGCAAGACUUUCGGACAGCUUCUGGUUCGCAUGUGUCAGAAGAUACAUAAGAAGAAUGCUAAAGAAACUGGCACUGAAAAUAUGGAAGCUGAAGAGAACAAGCAAAAAAAGGAAGAGUACAAAGGUCCAGCUUCCAAGAUGCGCUGCUUCUACUGCCUGUCUCCGAACAUCGUCCGGAUGAAGUGUUUGGACUGCAUCCUGCUUACUAGACUUGGGGCACCACUGAAGCCCAAGGCACGGCCUGUACUGACCGUCAACAUUUACGGCCUCAACUUUGAUAUGGUCGUGGAUACCGGUGCUCGUAACUGCAUCGCCACUCCUGCUCUGACUGAGCAUUUGGUUGCCAACCAGCAAGAGUUUACUUCUGAUGACUUGGAUCUGACUACUCGCGAGGGUAGCUCCCUGCGCCAAGUGAUGAGCAUUGCUGCUGUAGACGUGUGGGUGGCUGGAGUCAUCGUCCGCACAUCCUUCAUAAACUUCCCGAGGGCCACAGAGAACGUGCUUGGCAUGGACUUCAUUCUGGACGCUGGACUUGUGAUCGACUUUCGUCGCAACGGCCAGUGGUCGCUGCGUGACAUGAUGGGAUUCAGACCUGUCACUUUUGAGAAAAUUACUCCGAUAGAUAACGAAAACUGAAGAGGAGAAAUCGAAAACAAUGGUAUCCUGUAAGGAGAAAUCUACUCAACAUUCCACGACUACUUUAUGAGAACAUUUUACUUUACGAAGAUACGAAGAUUUGAUACACACAUAUUGUACUUGCUAUAAGCAACGAGCUCAGAGCGUCUCAAAGCCGCGGUCGACUGAAGUACUGUAAGUAACGUGAUGUGAUAAAGUAACGUGAAAACGUUAAAAAUGUGUGACGCUACAAUAAGUAAAUUUUACACUAAUUAGGAAUGCUUGCCAAAAGUUAAACUGAUGAUGUAACGAUAGCGGCCCAAAAUUAUAAAUUGUGUAACGAAUUGUGAUGUAAGAGACCUGUGGGUGGGUGCUUUAUUGUGUCUUCUCGAAGGGCGAUAGUCCUCUAGAUAACGACGGCCUUUCAAAGUGCUAGGAAUUUGUAAAAUUUACAUAACGGUGUGGCGAAGACUGAUGGAGCUCUACAGGUUUCUUAUACUUUAUCUACGUCGGUAAACACGACGUCGGUUCAUCGUUUGAACCACACUAUACGUAGUAACGUUAUAACGUAAAUUCAUAAUAUCUAUUUGUCGUAGUUAGCUUUUAAUCAGUAGUGAUGAUGUAAUCAGUAUUUUGAGUGUUCAGGGGCGGGUUCGAUACGUCUGCUGGCCUAGGCUUACAAACGAUUGCCGCCCUAUAUGUGUCGUAAAUCAAGAAACGAUCAAUGCUCUAUAGAUACUGAGUAAAACUAUUUAAUAAUAAUAAUCGCCAUACAUGUAUUCUUUGCGGGGUUAUAUGGACAUACUCUAAGUUUAUUUUUUUGCCACCCUAGCCCGGGCUUCUCGGCCUGAAGGGCAAACCGCCCCUGGUAGUGUUUAGAUUGUGGGUACCCGGUAACAAGGUAAUAAAAAGCAGCAGACACCUUAACCAGAUUUAUUCGUUCAAACAACAAGAAUAAUCCAGGAAUGUCAGAAAUGUACCAUUAACAAUGUUAUAUACAUAUAUUAUUUAACACAACACUUACAUAGAAACCUAUGACUGGUUUGUUCACAAGAGUUUAGGGCACGGAUCCAGGCUUUUCAGUUAGAUGGAAAUAGACAAAAGUGUCCAUUAAUACAUUUUCGAUAUACAGUUUCGACCGCUCAAAAAAACAUCCCACUGAAUUAGGUCCGCACCCCAAUAACAAAGACAAAUAAACUAAAAAUUGGCCUAAAAUCUGCUAAGUACUUAACAUACAAUAAAUAGGUUUUAUUUGCACUUAGAUAAGUAUUGAAAACAGCUUUCCUAAAAUUAAUUUUGAUAUAAUUAGAACAUGGUAACUAAGGGCCGGUAGUUGCAGGGAACCACAAAUGCUUGCAUAAACAUUUUUUAAAGAUAUAUCGGUGUUUACUCAUUUUGUAAGUGUUUAUUAGAUUUUAAUUAUGACAAUCUCAAUGUUGAAAACUUAGGAUUAAACAAACGAAUGUAGCUCAUCUGCACUUAGCAGUCAAUAGUAUUAGUUUCGAUACGUCAAUCGUUUUGACGAUGGUAGUUCGUAAAUACAUACUCAAAGGAAACUGAUUCAAUUAUCUUUCGAGUGAAUAGUUUGUAAGGUUCAAUAUUGUAUAAUCGUAGUCGUAUAAAAUGUUAGUCUAUAACUAAACAUAAGAAACGCAACAAACCACCGUUUUGAUUAAAUAACUUGUAUUUGUUUAGUUAUUAAACCGUAUAGACAAAACUCAAUAACCCCAAUUUUUUAAGUAGAAAACAGGCUUUUUUAUGUAAAAACUUGCCAGUCCCUUAUUAUUAUUUACCACAACAAUAAUACAUUAAAAAUAAUAUUGU